GCUGUUAACCUCCGUUGUCUCGCCACAUUUUGUAGUUUGUUUCGAUUAUUUUAUUUGUCAUGUGUAACAUCUGUACCGAUUAGUCUUUUCGUGUUUGACCCGAUUUGUGUCGUGAAAUUAAUGAUGAUGGUGUAGAUUUGCAAAAUGGCUCAUCUCAAUCGCUCACCUUCCUCUUCUGAAGAUGAGGAUGAAGUUACUUUCCUUCUUCGUUUUAAACCUGCCCCCACACCUCCAACCAGACGUCGAAAGAACCUCCUCCCACCAACUGGUACUGCUAUUUCAACCCCCAAUGGUUGGGAUGUGGUGAUUGAGAAAAAAGAUAGUCCUAGUAGGUCGGUAUGCUCAAGUCCGGUGAGACAAAGAAGGAGUAGCGUUGAGGAGUGUCCUCCACCAGUUCCUCCUAGGUUCAAACCAUCUGCCCCUCCGCAGGAGGUGGAUGGGUAUUCCUGGUGGGGUCAAUAUCCUGGAGGGUUUCCUGGAAAUAGUUAUUAUAAUAUGGUACCUUAUGGGAUUGAUUUUGACAAAAUAAAUGGUAAUGCUGGUAAAAACGGUUGUCUGCUUGAUUUGGCUAACAAAAUAGUGGCAUGCAUUAUUUUACUAAUACAAUAUUUGAUAGGUAAAGUAUUAAAUUGACAAAAUAA